AUGACUUCCCCGGCGCUCCAAAAGAGAGGUCCGUGGUCGAGUCAUGAGGACAACGUCCUCAUGGAUCUAGUGGACUCCCAUGGUGCUCUCAACUGGGUUCAAAUCUCAACGACCCUGGGCACACGCACACCAAAGCAGUGCCGGGAACGAUAUCAUCAAAACCUCAAACCGUCGCUCAACCACGGUCCCAUCACCCGGGAGGAAGGCGAGAUAAUUGAAAGACUGGUGGGUGAAAUUGGGAAAAGGUGGGCCGAGAUUGCUCGUCGUCUUCAUGGACGAAGCGACAACGCUGUGAAGAAUUGGUGGAACGGUAGUCAGAACCGCCGGAAGCGUCAGGACCGGCGCCGCGUUGCCGAUUCCUCUGGCUCGCGCGAUCCUGCCCUUCUCUCUGGACCGUUGCCAAUUCUGAACCCAAGUUCCAGGCCUCCUAGUGCAUAUCCGACGUCUCCAAGGUCGGGCCACGGCCAAGGCCACGGUCAAGGCCACGGUCAAGGCCACGGCCAAGGCCACGGUCAAGGCCACGGCCAAGGCCACGGUCAAGGCCACGGCCAAGGGGACAGUCACGGCCACGGGCACAGUCACAGUCACGACUACAGUCGCAGUCAUGAUUACAGUCAAAUUCACGGCCACGAGAACAGUCAUGGCCACAGUCGCGAAAACAGUCACGGCCACAGUCGCAAUCCACGCGCCUUCCCGUGGUGGGAUACCCACUUUCCCUCGCCAUGCUCCUCUGAACCGGCCGAAUCUGAUUCCGGGUCCAACUAUACGACUUCUCCGGCGAAUAGGUCGCAAUCCCUUCAGUUACCCGAAGCCCCUGUCGAGCUACCACCGCUCUGUGACAUUCGCCGGUUCAGUGCACCAGAAUCACAACUACCCGGGGUAAGUGCGAUAGGCCGUAGCCAGCCGGACGACCAUGACAUGAAUCGACUGCCACCAGUGCUACUUGAGCGACAAGUUGUAACAGCGCCGGCUUCUCCUACAUUACCGCAAUAUCAGAAGGAGCUACAGCGACAGCAACAACGAGAGCAACAACGAGGGCGACAACGAGGGCGACCACUAGAGCGACAAGAGCAACAAGAGUAUCGCACUUCACCAGCCCAGCCAUCAAACGCAAACCAAGCCACCAUCAACGAGCAAAAGUCGUCCUGUGAUAUAAGCGAUAGGAUGAAGCUUGAAAAACUAUUGGCCUAG